AUGCCUGGCACAAUCACAUCGUUCAUUCCGCAUUAUGCCCCUGCCGCCCCGACCAAUGAACCUUUGGAUUAUGCAGAUCUGGUUAUCAUUGAUAUCGCCAAAGCGCACACAGCGGAAGGCCGCGCUGAAUUGGCUCUUAAGCUACGGGAAGCGUUGACUACACAAGGUUUCUUUUAUACUGACCGCAUCUUUGACGUUGCUGAUGUUCCGUUCAGUCUCGUCUCGAACGAGGAGAAGCGAACAUAUGCGGCAAAUAUCAAGGCGACGGGCUCCUAUCUGGGUUACAAAUUGCGACAAUAUUGGCACAUUGACGCAGGAGUUCACGAUCAAGUUGAGCAUUAUAACAGCAAGUCAGUCUAUUUCCGCAUAGAACCCAUUGGCUUAUAUUCUUUAGUAAAUCGCGAUGUCAAAAAAAAGCAGCAUCCAGAAUCGCUCCGUCCUCUCCUUCCUGAGAUUGAAGCCUUUGCGAAGUUCAACCACAUAGAGAUAUUGCACACACUUCUCCGUCUCUUUGCUUUGGGACUGGAGCUUCCAGAAGAUACAUUCGUCAAUCAACACAAUUACUCUGCAGCUGACCAAAGUUACGUACGAUUCAUGAAGUACUAUCCCCGACCAGAAGAUGAAGAGAUCAAGACGAAGAAUAUAUGGCUGAAAGGACACACUGAUUUUGGGACUGUCACAAUCUUGUGGAGUCAACCUGUUGCUGCUCUGCAAAUUCUCUCUCCAGACGGCCGAUGGCGCUGGAUCCGACAUAUCGAUAAUGCUCUUGUAGUGACCUCUGGAGAUGCCAUGGAAUUUCUCUCUGGGGGGUUCUACAAGGCCACUAUUCACCGCGUCGUCCAGCCCCCUCCAGAUCAACGUGGUUUUACUCGCCUUGGCGUCUUCUACUUUGCAACAACCGAUGACGACAUCAAGCUCGUCCCUCAUGCGGAGAGUCCGGUGCUGCAGGAGCACGGGAUAACUCGCCGUUAUGAUGACGCAGAUGCUCCAACCAUGGAAGUCUGGUCCAAAAGCAGGACGAGCGCCUAUGGACAGACUGAGCUGCAGAAGAGAGAAAGCGGUGUUGAAGAAGAAGUUAUCAAUGGAGUCUUGGUGAAACAUUACAAUUAG